AUGCCGCCUUUUCGCGCUGAGCACAUGGGUUCGCUCCUGCGGCCCCAGUGGCUCAUCGACGCCCGCGAGGCCAUGGACGCGAGAGGCAUCAGUGCCGAGGAAGCCGGCCUGCCGCAGAUUGAGGAGGAGGCUGUCCGUGACGUGGUCAAGUUGCAGCGUGACCUGGGCUUCCAUGCUGUUACCAGUGGCGAAUUCACGCGCGUGCGUUUUUGGGGCUUGAUGUGGGAGGAGUUUGACGGCACCACGAAGCUAUCCGAGGCCAGCGCCAAUCUCUUCCGUCUGUAUCAUCCAGACGUGGUUAGUCUGAUCGAGCCCAACCGCAAGGUUAUGCCGGGCGACAGCGUCAUCGCCGGGGGAAAGCUCAAGCACAACCCAGAGAGGUCACAGUCGAACUUGCGGGAACUUAAGCUGGUGCAGCAGGCCCUGCCCAAGUCGGAAUGGCCCAAUAUCAAGCUCACCGUCAUUACGCCGGCUUGGUUCCAUAUGCGCUACAAGCAGGGAAAGGCGUACACCGACGUGUAUGCCAAUGAUACUGAGUACUUUACCGACGUCGCCAAGGUCUACCAGGCUGAGCUGGACCAGCUCUACAAGGCCGGUCUGCGCAAUAUUCAGUUUGACGACCCGGGUCUUGCGUACUUCUGCUCGACAAAGUUCCGCGACGGCUGGGCAGCCGAUCCCGACAACAUUGGCACAGUGGACGACCUGCUGGACGCCUACAUCAAUCUGUACAACAAUUGUAUCAGCAAGCUGCCGGCCGACUGUCACACGGGCGUGCACCUGUGCCGCGGCAACUUCAUCGGCGGCCGGCACUUUGCCGAGGGGGGCUACGACAUCAUUGCCGAAAAGCUCUUCACCAAGCUCAACGUCAACACUUUCUACCUGGAGUACGACACAGAGCGUGCCGGUGGUUUCGAGCCGCUGCGCUACCUGCCCAAGGAUAAGCAUGUCGUCAUCGGCGCCAUCAGCACCAAGCUGCGCGAGCUCGAGGACAAGGAGGAAGUCAAGCGGCGCAUCUACCAAGCUGCCGACUAUAUUGCGCAGGGCAGCGGCCAAACACGCGAGGAGGCCUUGCAGCGCAUCUCUAUCUCGCCACAGUGUGGUUUCAGCACCCAUAUCUCUGGAUAUCCUCUGACCGAGGAAGAUCAGAGGAAGAAGCUUGCGCUUGUGCGCCAGAUUGCCGACGAGAUCUGGCCUGGCCAGCCGUGA